AUCAUAUGACCUCAGUCGAAGAAAAUGAAAGCUGGGUGCAGCCAGCUGAAACCUGUAGUGCUUGUUUUGAUCUUUAAUUUAUGUUUUUACGCAAGUUACCAACUGACUGAGCUACAGGUAUGUAAGCUCUGCGGUGGUACAGUCCGAAAUGGCACCGCAGUGGGCCAGUUUUGCUCCUCGUCCGCUGGCCGGAUAGACGGGCGCUGCUGCUUGAGAAAUGACAACACAAGCGACCCUGAACACAUCAUCGGCUUGGAUCUGUCCAAUUGUUCACUUACUCACCUGGACGAUCUCCAGGGAGCGUCAGCAGCAUUAAUGAUAGACCUCUCACUCAAUCCGAUCAUAAACGUCAGUGACACAACGUUUCAAGGAUUUAUUCAGUUAAAUUACAUGAUUCUGCCACAGGACAUAGUUUGUCCAGGAGGCAACGCUUCUUGGGAAAAAGUGGAGGUCAGAGAGGGAAGUCGUGUUUGUCAGGGCCAGAGAGAUAUGUGCAACCAGACUGGACAGCUGUCCAUUAACUGCCCGGAGAACUCCCUCUGCGCCCCCUACGGCCCCGGCUUCUUUGAGUGCAGCUGUGCUGACAACUAUCAUGGGUACAAGUGUCUUCGGGAGGGAGAGUUCCCAGCUCUGAAGGUGUUCGGGCCUCUCGGGGCGUCUACGGUUGUGAUCUCUUUCCUGCUGUGGGUCACCCAGAGGCGUAAAGCCAAGUCACUCUGAGGCUGGACUGCAGAAGACCUCUUUACCUGCAAUGAUCUACUGAGCUGAAGCUGACUGUUCUGAAAGGGAAAAUGCUGACACAAAGUCUGAGGUGACCCCAGGCUUCUUUUAAAUAUUAUGCUUUACUUUCUUUUACAUCUUUGUGGGGCAGCUGCAUUUUAACUGGUACUGACUCUUUUUUUUUAAAUGAAUCAACAGGGCAGUUUUAGAGAGAAAAUGAAUUUGAACACAUGUUGCUCCUUGUUUUAUUUUAUUUUUUGACAAUAAUCCCACUGCCAACACUUUAAUUAUAUUUUUAAAAGUAGCCAACUGACACAAGGUAUUAAUGAAGAGAUUGUGUUUAAGAGAAUUCUGAACAUUUGUUUACUGGUACCUGUGCCAAACACGCACCGAAUGUCUGUUUAUAUAUGCUGAAGCAUGUUUGAGGAAAUCUGUAGCAGUUGGCAAUUGUUGAACAUGUAGAUUAUUCAGAGCAAAAAAACAGGUCGUUCACUGUAUGAAUCAUGGGAAUCUUUCAAACUACAAGUUUAACUGAGCUUCUUGCUUUAAGCUUCAUGAAAUCUUUAUUAAAGUUCUUUUAAUAUUGUUAUGAAGAGUUACACUGACUGCCACACGGAAGUAUUCACGUCGUAGACUACAACGUGAAUACUGAUGUAUGUUUAGUUGUCACCUGCUGUCGCCACAUCUUGCCUGUUUCGACUUCAAGAUGAAACUCAAAAUGUUGCGUGCCUACUGAACACUUGCACUGCUAGAGUUUGUGUCCUUGUAUCCUUUGCUCAUCAGUCACAUGUGGUGAUUUUGGAAGUGUCUUGAUGUUGAAGGGCGAGUUGUUUUGAUGUUUCUUCAGGGUUAUUAUGAAGUAUUAAAAAACAAUACAUGCAUUGCUUGUUUUAGUGACCAUGAAAUUAUGCACAUACAUGCAUUUGUUCUUUUGAACACUUUUUGUGUGUCAUCUAGCUGGCAAAGACAUACAAGGUCAUUAGCAGUCCUGACAUGUUGCAUAUUAAAACUGAAUAUCAACUGUUGUCUGAGCUAAUAAACGAAUACUGUGGAGGACAAAAAGAAAGUGUGGCUGUCGAU